AUGGCCAGGAAACCUUUCACGCCUAGCCAGGUGAUGGCGGUACAAAUAUCAGAAAGGACGAUGUCUGUGUUUUCGAUCCUUGGUUCUUUCUACAUCAUGGUCACCUUCAUCAAGUGGAAAUACUUCAGGAAGCCGAUCAAUCGAUUGGUAUUUUAUGCGUCCUUCGGAAACGUCAUGGCCAAUGUCGCUACUAUGAUAUCAACCACUGCGUUGCCUCUCAAGGGCCAAACUCCUUCUACGCUCUGCCGAUUUCAAGGUAUCUUCAUUCAAUGGUUUAUGAUGGCAGAUUCUCUAUGGGUCUUCUGCAUGGCGCUCAAUGUGUUGAUAGUAUUUAAGAGCAGCUGUGAUAUCCGUCGCCUCCACCGACUUGAGAAGUGGUAUCUUCUUUUCGCAUAUGGCCUACCAUUCACUCCGUGUCUGGCAUACCUCAUUCUCGACCACUCCCGCAAAGAUCGCGUCAUUGGCGGCGCAACUAUCUGGUGUUGGGUUGACAAAAGAGUAGAGUGGAUGCGAAUCGCGUGGUUCUAUGCCCCCGUCUGGUUCGUCAUCACCAUGACACUGUCCAUUUACGUCUAUGUUGGGCGCACCAUCUUCAGACAGAGGGCAGAACUCCGGUCACUAUCGAACCCCGUGAGAACGGACUCCACCACUCAUGUCAUCACCAACCCUUUCACAUUCAACGAACCCCACAACAUCGUCAAGCAUGUCGAUAUGCGUGUCACUACCGAGACCAUCGGUUCGGAGAUCUCAGCACAGCCUACCAUGUGCGCCAACGAGUCGCGCGACUCCUUCUCCAGCACGAGGAACCUAUCCAACGUCACUCAAAUAACAGACCCUGUACCAGCUCACCACGAAGAAGGCAGGGGAUACCAAGUCAUGAUCAGCGCCAACAACGAUUUCGAACCCACCGUAUCGCGCAAGUCAUCGACCGGGAAACGAGGAUCGCUAACCCGCCACACCCACAUAAGAGACGGCAACUUAGCAGCCUGGAGCUACUUGAAAGUCUCAUUCCUCAUGUUCGCCGCACUGUUCAUCGUCUGGGUGCCCUCAACCGUCAACCGCCUCCAGCAAUUCAUCCACAAAGAUAACCCCAUCUUCGGCCUCAACCUCGCCUCCGCCCUCGUCCUCCCCCUCCAAGGCUUCUGGAACGCCGUAAUCUACAUGUCAACAACAUGGCCCGAAUGCAAACGCGCUUACCGCGAGACCCUCGAAUACAUAGCCCAGCGACGGCACCCGCGAUCCCGGCAGUCCAAGUCACAAAUCGAAAAAGACACUCCCUACCACCACGCUGAUCCCAUGGACAUGGAAGCCCAGAUCGCGCUCCGCGAAAUGCUCAACACCGACCCCCAACGCCUCCCGUCGCGGAUAUCUAGCAGCGAAUUCUCGAGACCGUCGCACCAGGAGGAGCAAGGUCGAUGA